UUAAAGUUGUCAUUGUCAAUUGUCACGUUCUUUAUUUCAAAGUCAAACUUUAAUCUGUUUAUAUUUAACACGUGCUUUCAAUUGAAAUAAGUUAUUAAAGUACGAAAAAGAUAUUUAGAAUGGCUAAAAUAAAAGUUAAAAAAAUUAAGAAACAGGAUAAUCAUGUAAAAGAUAGCUGUAAAGAAGAAAAUGUAGUUGCGCUACCGCCCGUUCGUAUGUCUGACGACCCUGCACCUAAACAGGUAAAAUGGAUCAACAGGCAAAGAGUACUGGUUUUUGCUGCACGCGGUAUUAAUCAUCGUCAUCGGCAUUUAAUGGAGGAUUUAAAAAGAAUUAUGCCCCAUCAUAAAAGCGAAUCCAAAAUGGAAAGGAGUAAAAAUUUAUAUGUCGUAAAUGAAAUUAGCGAAAUGAAAAAUUGCAAUAAAUGUAUACUCUUUGAAGGAAGGAAAAUGAGAGACUUGUAUAUUUGGCUUUCUAAUAUUCCUAACGGACCCAGCGCCAAGUUUUUGGUUGAAAAUAUUUACACAAUGGGUGAAUUAAAAAUGACUGGAAACUGUUUGAGAGGCUCUAGGCCUUUGUUAUCUUUUGAUCCGCAAUUUACUAAGUAUCCUCAUUAUAGCCUUUUAAAGGAAUUACUUACCCAAAUAUUUGGAGUUCCAAAACACCACCCUAAGAGCCAACCGUUCUUUGACCAUGUGUAUACAUUCAUGAUUUUGGACAAUAGGAUUUGGUUCAGAAAUUAUCAAAUAUUGUCUGAAGAUGGAGGUUUAGCUGAAAUUGGACCCAGAUUUGUGUUAAACCCUGUGAAAAUAUUCUCGGGAUCAUUUGGUGGAGCAACAUUAUGGGAGAAUGCUAAAUAUAUAAGUCCAGCAAAGCUGAGGCAAGCAUAUAAUAAGAAGGCUGCGAAUAAAUAUGAAAGAAGAAUUGAGAAGAAAGUGAUGAACGAAGCCACUAGACCAGAGACUGGUUAUCCUGAUAUAGAAGGCUCGGAUUUCUUUAAAGGUGAUCCCCUAAAGAAAGCUGAAGAUGUUCUAUUAGAAGAAGAGAUUAAGCAAGAAAAAGAUUCAACAGCUAAUGAAGGUGAAAAUGAAAUUCAAACUAAUCCAAAAGCAUUCAGUAUGAAACUAACUAAAAGUAGACCUGAUAAAACAAUAAGACGCAAGCAACUUAAAGCAAAAAGUAAGGCAAUAUCAGAUCAAAUAAAGAAAAGGAAGAAAGUAAUUAAGAAAAAAAUUUUGAAAAAAUGAUUUGGAACAAUAAAAGUCAUCAUAUUAUCA